UGUUGUUGUUGAUGAGAUUACAAAACCAGAACAUCAAGUACACCAGUUCAGAGAAUCGUGAGAACAAGUAAGAACGUGCAUUUGAAAUUUGAACAGACAGAAAAUAUUUAAAAUUAUAAUUUGAAUGUACACCACAGCAAGAGAUCAGUGCUAAGAUAGAGAAAGUGGGAGAAAAAAAAUUAAAGGGAAGAAAAACACUGAAAAGAAGGAGAUCGUUUUGAGCAUUCAAACUGACAUUUUGCAACUUAACAUGGAGACAGAAGAGAGCUCCGAUCGUAAACACAACUGUCCAGCUCUUACAGAGAUAAACGCCAUUGUAAUAGGGAGUAAAUUAGAAUACAAAUGCAGUGCUGCAAAUACCAUCCUUGGACAUAAACACUGGGAAGUGGGCAACGAGAUAGUCAAGAGUGAGAUGAAACAGGGGGUGGUUCAGAACAGGAAGGUUAAUUUGGUAAUGACACCAGGAUGGUGGAAAAGCUCCACACUGGCAGAGAGUACAAAGUAUAUACAGAUGGAGAUUGUGCACAGUUUAAAACUGUGUCCUGCUCCACAUGCCUUUCUUCUAGUGAUCAAUCUACACAAACCAUUCACAGGCGUGCACCUAAAUAAUGUGCUGGAACACAUGGAGAUUCUGGGUAAACAGAUCUGGAACCACACCAUCCUUCUGCUCAUGUAUCACAACAAAACACAGAGACAUGCAAACAGCAAGCAGCUCAUUGAGAGAGCAGGGACAGAGAUUAAAACAGUGAUAAAGAAGUGUGGGAACAGAGUUCAUGUCUUCAGUUACACUGACAGUAAAGAGAUAAAUGUGGAAAAACUGUUUCAAGAGAUAGAGAACUUGGUAGCUGAGCAUGAAGGACAGUGCUUUAAAAUUGACAGCAAACUGUUGGAAAAUAUGGAGGAAAAGAGAAGGACUGUGAAGGAACGAGCAGAAGAGAGAGUGAUCCAAGCCAAAACAAAGAUGCUAAAUUUAAAUCAAAGUCUAACAGAAAAAAGUUGUAAUUUUCCAGAGUUAAGGAUUGUCUUGAUGGGUAGCAAUGCUGUUGGGAAGACCUCAGUGAUGAACACCAUCCACAACAUGAAAAUGACUCAAGAGAAGAGCAGGACAAAAGAGUGUGAAAUGAGUGUGAGAGAAAUUGACAAGAGAAAAGUCAUUUUAAUUGACACACCUGGAUGGUGGCCUUACGCAUCUGAACAGGAGACACCAGAGUCAGUCAAGCAGGAGAUCAUGUCAAGUGUUACUAUGUGUUCACCAGGACCUCAUGCAGUUUUGCUGGUUCUUCAGUCUGGUGUGGCCUUCACUGAAGCACAUAGGAGGUCUGUGAAGGAGCACAUGGAGCUCCUGGGUCGAUCUGUCUGGAAGUACAGUAUAGUGGUGUUCACCAGGGGAGACUGGAUGGGGACCCCCACUAUUGAAGAGCACAUUGAGAGUGAAGGAAAGGCUCUGCAGUGGCUGAUCGAUAAAUGUGGAAACAGAUAUCAUGUUCUUAACAACGUGCAGCAGGAUGAUGGGACACAAGUCAGAGAGUUGAUGGAGAAGGUGAAGAUAAUGGCCAGAUUAAACACAGUGCUUCCGGUAGCUGUGGGUGAAGCACUAGAGGAGAUGGAGGACAAGGAUGAGGAGGAAGCAAAUAUGAGGGUGGAAGAACAAGCUGAGUGUAGAAGCUUCUUUGAGGGUCGUCCUCUCUUGGACGAAGCCUACAUUGACAAGUGGAGGAAUGAUUUUCAUCAUGUAUCAAACUAUGGGACCAUGUCAGAGCUGUCAGAGAUCGAGCACCAGACCUAUGGAAAAACAAAGGGAUCAGAAACAAUGCGGCACAUUAGUCCAAAAGAGUUAAACUGACAUUUUACAUUCAAAAGCAUUUACGUACAUGGACAUUGGACAUGGAUGUGCUAUUUUCACCCAGUCAUCUAAGCUUUGACAGAGAAAAGUGGUAUUUUUUUUUAAACAUUGUAACACUGAUAUAUCAUUCGAUAUAUAGUUUUGUUUAAAUGUAAUUACAUUUUAAAUAAAUGUACACAAUGUUUAUAUCAAUAAAUAUACCUAUACUAUUUUUAAUGAAAAUAUAAUACAUUGUGUUAAAGAUGUGUCUUUAAGACACAUCGGGGGAAGUUGUGGCCAAAUGGUUAGAGAGUCGGACUCACAAUUGAAAGGUUGUGAGUUCGAGUCUCGGGCCGGCAGGAAUUGUAGGUGGGGGAGUGC